AUGUCAGAUGUUCCCUCUACUCCUCAGCCAAAGUCCAAGCAGACGUCUCCAGAGGAAGCAUGUGAAUCCUCAGGUGCGGCUUUUCUGGCUGACAUUACAGCAGGUCAACCUCCAGACUCUGAAAAGAAGCACAGGAGUGCUACAUUAGUAUCAAACCCAACAGCGAGUUUGGUUUUUGAGGGAUGUGCAACAACUCUUCGUAAAACAACAUUUCUUGCACAACAAGACGUUCCUAAGUCCAAUCUGGAAAAGAAUCAGUCAUCAUCAGACUUCAGUAUUCAGGGCAAAGCAUUGAAAUCGCAUCAGAAAGCACCUUCAUUCGAAUGUCACCAGACACAAAAGCCUGAAAUGUCUUCCUCCUCUGGUGACGAGAUGAUUAAAAAGGAAGAUGCUGAUGAGCAACAACCAUCCAAUUGUUCACCAGAACAAUUUAUUCGUCCAGUUUCACUAUUCUCUGUGAAUAUUCGUCGACAUAAAAUGGGAUCAUCAAAUAUUUAUAAACAAGAAGAUCGUUCUUAUUUAAUAUGA